GAAGAAAAAUAGGAAGAAAAAAAAAUUGACGAGAAAAAGGAAAAAGUGGAAAAAGAGAAAAAGGAAGAGGAGGAAGAGGAAGAAGAAGAGAAAGAGAAAGAGGAAAAAGAAGAAGAAGAGGAAGAAGAAGAAGACGCGAUGUUACCUGUUAGGUGCAGCUACGAGGAGGCGCGACGACGUAGACGACGACGAGGAAGGAAAGAAGUAAAUUAUCGUCGUGACUCGAUCUGAUCGACAAAGUUAUUUUAACUUUAUUUCGUUCAUUUUUUGUUACUUUUAUUUAUCUAAUUAAUUAAUUAUUUAUUUAUUUAUUUCAUUUUCUUUUUUGUUUAUUUAUUUAUUUUUUUCUUAAUUAGUUCGUUUCCCUUCUGAUUUUCGUUUUUGUUUUUCUCCCCGUUCUUAACAUAUCUCUAACCAAAUUGGCCCAGGAGUCCAAGCCUCCCCUACUCCACCUGAACAAUCCCCACAUUGAUCUCAUCUCUCGUCAAUCUCUUUGCCCUUUCUUCAUCUUUCCUGCUCGAUUAUCUUGACUACCACCGAGAUAUUCUAUCUAUUCGGGAGGAGAAAGUAAAUCUUUAAAGUAAAAAAUUUACGACGUCUAACCAAUAAUAAGUGAUAUAUACCUAUAUGUGUUCUCGAGUUAAUAAAAAAAAACGCGUGUGUUAAGUUCGUGCUUAAGGACAAAAUCGAGUUUCGUUCUAUCUUUUUAUCUUUCUUCGUUUUUCCUUUUUUCUUUUUUUCUUUCCUUCUUUCUUUCUUUCUUUCGGAUAUGUCGCGCAAGGACGCGAUGAUUCGAUCGGUGCAAUCGAGAAAAGGUGCGAGAAAGAAGUGAUAGUGAAAGACGUGAAGUGAUAAAAAGAAAAGAGGAAGCGUGCGAGAAAAAAAGAGAGAGAGAGAGAGAUAGAGAGAGAGAGAAAGAGAAAGGGAGAGAGAAAGAGAGAGAGAGAGAGAAAAAGAAAGGGAGGAAGAAGAUAGGCUUAGGAAAGCCGGUGUAGUAAGGAUACGAAAUCAAGAUUCAAAAGGGAACCCGCGAAGUCGCGGGAUAAACUAUUCAACCUGGCGGACCAAGAAGAAAGUGGUUCGACUGCGAUGCAGGGCAAGGAAAGCCCCGUCGGGUCCAACACCCAGGAGACUCAUCAGUAUGUCGGCCCUUAUCGCCUCGAAAAGACCUUGGGUAAAGGGCAGACCGGAUUGGUCAAACUGGGCGUCCACUGCGUGUUGGGCAAGAAGGUGGCGAUCAAGAUCAUCAACCGCGAAAAAUUGUCGGAGUCCGUGUUGAUGAAAGUUGAACGCGAGAUCGCCAUUAUGAAGUUGAUAGAUCAUCCCCAUGUUCUCGGCCUUUCGGACGUUUACGAGAAUAAGAAAUAUCUAUACCUCGUUCUGGAACACGUCUCAGGUGGAGAGCUCUUCGAUUAUCUGGUUAAGAAGGGCAGAUUAACGCCGAAAGAGGCCAGAAGAUUUUUUCGACAAAUCAUUUCCGCAUUAGACUUUUGCCAUAGCCAUAGCAUAUGUCAUAGAGAUUUAAAGCCUGAAAAUUUGUUAUUGGAUGAGAAGAACAAUAUUAAGAUAGCGGAUUUUGGGAUGGCGUCGUUGCAGCCAGCGGGUUCAAUGUUGGAAACAAGCUGUGGCUCGCCCCAUUAUGCCUGUCCGGAAGUGAUCAGAGGAGAAAAAUACGAUGGUAGAAAAGCAGACGUAUGGUCAUGCGGUGUUAUACUUUAUGCACUUUUAGUUGGAGCUUUACCCUUCGACGACGAUAAUCUAAGAAAAUUAUUAGAGAAAGUUAAACGCGGAGUGUUUUACAUACCACACUUCGUACCACCGGAAUGCCAGAAUCUACUUCGAGGAAUGAUAGAGGUUGAUCCGGACAAAAGAUUAACGCUUGCCGAAAUAAACAGGCACCUGUGGGUAACGGCGGCGGGGAAAGGAGAAUUAGAAUUGGAAUUAUCGAUGAUGGACGUGGUGCAAACGCACGUUCUUCCGUCCGUUGACGCCAUCGAUCCCGACGUCUUGCAAGCGAUCGCCAGUUUGGGAUGUUUCAAAGAACGCGAUAAAUUAAUUCAAGAACUUCUUAGCCCGAAUCAUAACACGGAGAAAGUGAUAUACUUUCUCUUGCUCGAAAGAAAACGAAGGAGGCCAGCAUGCGAGGAUGAGCUCGAGGUAAUGAGAGGUGGUGUAAGAGGAUCCGGGGGACAAUUGGAAGCCGAUCCACCAAGAAAACGAGUGGAUACGUGUCGUGUUAACGGCAGUACCGCGUUAAAUCUUGGACAAAUUAGUCAUGGUUCACCUUUGACACCAAGAAGACAGUCAAGUGCGAGGCAUCACCCACGACGUUCACCCAGUACCGGAUGUCAUACGCACGCAUCUCACUCGCACGCAUCGACACCUGGUGGUUCACCGUUACACGUACCGAACGUGCCAGGUCUUCUAAGUCCGCACAGAUCGGUGCCAACCUCUCACAUAAGUCAAACGGGUAGUCCGCAUCGACUUUCGGCUGUAACCACUACUGGUGGAAAUGGUACUCCUCCGAGUCAAGGGGUGCCAACUCCAACGCCGGCCCUGGCCAACGUAGGGAUCGAAUUGAACGAUGUUCAACCCGUGGUCGCAGUCGGUGUUACACCGCCAGGCUCGCCACACACUGGCGCAGGUUCCGGCGCUUACCAUUGGAGAUCUCGAUUGACCACAUUGAAGAAUUCCUUCCUGGGUAGUCCCAGAUUCCAUCGUCGUAAAUUACUCACCAGUACGGAAGAGGUACAUCUAACACCGGAAUCCUCCCCGGAAUUAACAAAAAGAUCAUGGUUUGGUAGUUUAAUGACGACCGAAAAAGACGAAACAUUUACAGUUCUCGUUAAAGGAAAACAAUUGGCCAGCGUGAAAGCCGAUUUAAUUCACGCUUUUUUGUCGAUAGCCGAACUAUCGCACAGUGUGAUUUCACCGAUGUCGUUCAGAGUAGAAUAUAAAAAGGGUAGCACAGCACCGGCCAUGUUUCAAAGGCAGGUCCGAUUUCAAGUUGACAUAAGUGGUAUUACGAAGCAGUCUAACGAGCCAUUAUUCGCCAUUACUUUUACGUUAUUAAGUGGAAAUAUUCGAAGAUUUAGGAGGGUCUGCGAGCACAUACAAUCGCAAGUAUGUUCUAGAAAUGUCGGUUUGAAUUUAACCGGCCAGAGCAGAGCAGCACCACCGAGUCCAAGAGCAUCUAGAAAGUUUGCCACGGAAAUGAGUGAAAGUUCUAGCUGCGGAAGUGACACCAGCGAAAGGCUAUUCCUCAGUCCUCAUCCCGCUACCAGACAGAUCGACUCGGAUAUGGAAUCGGACACAUCAGUGUUCGAUGUGAAGUCACCUACACGCGAAAAUGGCCGAAGAAGUUCGACGUCGACCAACAAUAACAAUCCUUUACCUGGCGACUCAACACCGACACCAGGUAGUCCACCUAAAGCGGUUCGAAGUAAUUCCGAAAGUCAAAACACACCGGAAAAAAAGUGCGUUACGACAAUGAGCGGCAACAACAUAGCGUGAUACUAUCAGAACUUACGUUUCGAAUUCCAAUCGAGUCUGAAGAACAUCUGGGAUAGUGCUCAGAGGUUUUGGUGAGAUAAAUAGAAAGAGAAACAGAUAGAUGAGGGAGAGAAAGGGAGAGGGGAGGAGAGAGAGAAAGAGAGAGAGAGAGAGGGAGAGAGAGAGAGAGAGAGAGAGAAAGAGAAAGACAGACAGAGAGAUAAAGAGAAGAAGACCGUCGUAUUUUUUUCAAGAUCGACCAGAACAGUAACAGAUCGACAGAGCUGAGAAGCCCCUGAAGAAGAAGAAGAGGAAGAAAAAGAAGAAGAAGGAAGAAGGAGAAAAAAAAAUAUAGGAUAUAAAACCAAAAAUUUUCAUCGAAGUGAUCUUGGGGAAGGUCGGAAGUAUUAAGAAAAAAAUUCGUCAAGAAUUUUUAAAUGAGAAGAAAAACUAAAACAAGAAAGCUCAAUUAUUUCGAACGUUACCUGUCACAUAUAUAUAUAUAUAUAUAUAUAUAUAUAUAUAUAUAUAUCGAGUGGAAAGAAAAGCAUUUGAAACUUUUCUAAGACAAAACUCGCAAUAGAAAGGAAUAUAGAAGAAAAAAAGAAAGUAAAAGAAAAUACCAGAAUAAUUUUGAUUAUUUGUGAUAAUAAAUAAGUGAGAUGAUAGAUUUUUGUUGUUUCAGGAUAUUACAUUUUCUUAUUCUACAAUAAGAAAAAUACAUAAAAAAAAUAUUAUAUCAAAGCCAAAAUGUUCACUAAGAACUAUCGAGUUCCGGUUGGCAAUUUAUUUCAUUUCUCUUAUCGUUUGAAUCGAAGCGAUCAAAUUCAAAAUUUUUAAUCGAGAGACAAACUUUUAAUGAUCUAUAUAUAUAUAUAUAUAUAUAUAUAUAUAUAUAUACGUCUUUUCGUUAAAAACGUUUUUUUUAAUUCACUGAGGGAUAAUGAUUUUUUGCUUUUUAUGGAGAGCGAAUAAAAAAUAAGAGAACUCAUAGAAAACAACAAAAACAUCAUUCAGAUCAAAAAAGAAAAAAAAUAGCUGUAACACGAACGAGCCUGGUACGAAUGAGGGAGAAAAAAUAAUUAGCAAAUAAAUAUACAUAUAAAUAUAAAUAUAUGUAUAUAUAUAUAUAUAUAUAUAUAUGUGUAUAUAUAUGUGUAUAUAGUAAAGAGUCACGAAAGCCGAUAUCUUAUAGAACAAAUAAAAGGGGUAGGAGGAAAAGAAGGGUAGAGAGGAAGGGGCCAGGAUUUUGUCGACGAAAUGGAAAGACGAGAUAUUUAUUUUUUUCACGCACGAGAAAAUAACAUUACAGAAGACUAAUAUUUAAAUACAUAAAUAAGUAUGUAGUUGAUGCGACGUGUACGACUUCUCAUCUGCCUCUCAUAGUGAAUGAAGUAUUAGAAAAAGAAAAAAAAAAUAAAACAAAAAAGAAAGAAAGAGAAAGAGAGAGAACGAGAAGAAAUGUUAUGAUAACGAUUCAUAUAUAGACGAUACGGGGGAUGAAUAAGCAUCUAAUAUUUCUAUAUGUAGCGGAUGGGAUAAGCUAUAAGAACAGAUAUUAUUAUCAUUAUUAUAUGUAAACAAUUUUUUUCACACAGACAUAUCUCCAAAUUAUCUCGGCUUCUUACUAAUGGAACGACUUAAAAAUAAAAGUGUGGGAGAGAUGAUUAGAACAAAAAAAAAUAAAAAAAAGAGAGAAGAAGAAAAAAAGCAAAGGAAAAAAGAAAAAAGAAAGAAAGAGAGAAAGGAAAGAAGGAAGGAAGGAAGAAAUAUAAGAACGAAAGGAGCAAGAAGACGAGAAAUAAAAAAGGAUAAAAGAAGGAUAAAAGCUUUUUAAGACGAACGUGAUUACUGACAUUAUUUUAUAGCGUGAGACAAGAAGAAGAAAAAAAAGAAAAGAAAAGAAACGAAGAUAAAAGGAAAGGAACCUAAAUGAAACAAAAGGUUGCAAGAAAUUCGUUAAUAAAUAUCGUGUAACAAUAAUGUGUCGCAUUACUUUUCCACCGGUGUUGUUAUUCGUGGUAAAUUUGUGAUUUUACAAUAACGCGAAGAAACGCACGUACGUAUUUCGUAUUCGACGAUAUUAUUGGUCGAUCGGAAAUUUCGUAUGUGAUUUGAAAAAAAAAAAAAAAGAAAAAGAAA